UACCAAGAGAGAGUGGAGACACACUAGACAAGCAAACAGAAGGAGAGGUGAGAGUUCAGAGGGGAGACAGAUAAACCGGCGAGAUCAGACUCUGCUGACAUCACCGACGGCACCAGCGAUUUUCGGACUGUCAAAUCAGAUAGGUGGGAUUUGAAAUUGAAUGUGGAUGUAGUAUUCUCAGAAAUUCAAUGUGUGGGCUAAGAUGGUUUUCAAAUCUAAUAUAAAAUGGGUGGCUCUUAUUGGGCUCAUUCUUUCAUUGUUCUCGCUGCUGCUGCACCUUCUACUUGCAAAAUUUUCAAAUGUCAGUUUAGUGGAGUACAGCGCAUUAGCAGGUUUGCAGGAAGGUUUACAUUCAAAGUUAGGGGCACAGAGGCAUAAAAAGUUAUGGGGUGUUGUGAAGCCCUUGGAAUCUUUACAGCCUUAUGCCAACCCCAGAAGUAGCUAUCCUGUUCCAAAUGAGAAGAACAAUGGUUUUAUUUAUGCAAAAAUUUCUGGUGGAUUUGAGAAGAUUAGACCCCUGAUCUGUGAUCUUGUGGCCAUAUCCAGGCUUCUGAAUGCUACUCUUGUAAUUCCGGAGAUUCAACAAAGUACUCGUUCAAAAGGCAUUAGUUAUAAAUUCAGGAGUUUUUCCUAUCUCUACAAUGAGGAGCAGUUCAUAGCAUCACUCAAAAAUGAUGUAAUCAUUGUGAAAAGCCUACCUGAAAAAUUGAAGUCGGGAAGGAGAAACAAUGAGUUCCCCACUUUCAGACCUAAAAGUUCAUCUUCUCCAAGUUUUUAUAUCAAGGAAAUCUUACCAAAUUUAAAAAAGUUCAAGGUUAUUGGAUUGAUUCUUACUGAUGGAGGGUGCCUGCAGUCAAUCCUUCCUCCUAGCAUGUCCGAGUAUCAGAGACUUAGAUGCAGAGUUGCCUUUCAGGCCCUUCACUUCCGCCCAGAAAUUCAAGUUCUUGGGCGCCGGAUGGUGGAGAGGUUACGGGACUGGGGCCAACCAUUCCUAGCUUUUCAUCCUGGCUUAGUGAGGGAUGCUUUGGCUUAUCAUGGUUGUGCAGAACUGUUCCAGGAUGUCCACACUGAACUAAUACAAUAUCGAAGGGCCCAGCUGAUCAAACAAGGAAUUGUUAAAGAAGAACUAAGUGUAGAUUCACACCUACGCAAAGAAAAGGGCUUGUGUCCUCUCAUGCCUGAAGAGGUUGGAAUUCUUCUUCGAGCAAUGGGGUAUCCUCCUAAAACAAUCAUAUACUUGGCUGGUUCUGAAACUUUUGGUGGUCAGCGAGUUUUGAUCCCUCUACGUGCCAUGUUUGCCAACUUAGUGGAUCGCACUUCUUUGUGCAGUAGCCAAGAGUUGUUAGACUUGGUUGGACCUGAAACACCUCUUCCUCUUGACACUUUCAAAUUUCCUCCCGCCAAAACAGAGGAACAACUGAAAGAAGAAUGGAAGAAGGCUGGCCCUCGCCCUCGGCCUCUCCCUCCGCCUCCAGAUAGGCCAAUUUAUAGACAUGAAAAAGAAGGCUGGUAUGAUUGGAUCACUGAGACUGACACUGAACCGGAUCCUUCACCUAUGGAUCUAAGGAUUGAAGCUCACAGGUUACUUUGGGAUGCUCUUGAUUAUAUUGUAUCGGUGGAAGCAGAUGCAUUUUUUCCAGGAUUUAACAAUGAUGGAAUUGGAUGGCCAGAUUUUUCAAGCUUGGUCAUGGGUCAACGGCUGUAUGAGAAUCCUUCUUCCAGAACAUAUCGACCAGACAGGAAAAUUCUGGCCGAUCUUUUCAACAUUACCCGUGAAAACAUGUACCAUCCAAAGCAUAAUUGGACACUUUCAGUGCAGGAACUUCUUAAUAAAAGCAUGGGUGAGGAGGGUCUUAUCAGGGAAUCCCUCUUAUCGAAACCAGACUCAUUCCUUUCGCAUCCUCUUCCUGAAUGCUCUUGUAGAAUUCCUUCUGAUGAAAUUCCAAAUCAAGUAAAGGGCAAUGAUGGGCGACUUCUAUAUGGAGGGGAAGACAACUGCCCUGAAUGGAUGCAGCGUGGUAUGGAAAUGGUUAAAGUGGACCCCGGUGCAACAGAGAGGAGUAAAGCUGAUGAGGUUGAGUUACCAGACUAUGAAACCGAUUUAGAUGAACAGCCUGAAAAUGAUGACACCAGUGGCAAUACUAACACAACCCUACCAUUUGAUCAAGACGACGAAAUGGAUCCUAAUGACUAGAAUUGGAGGUGAGGAUGAUACUUGCAUUCAUUGCAAUUUUUUCAGAACUGCAAAUUUUUGGGGACAGGGUAACAUACUACAGUUUUUUUCUUUUUCAUGGUUUCAUAUAAGUUCUUCAAGAGAAAAAAAAAGUAUUCAAAUUCAUUCUUUCGGAGUAGAUUUAAGGGAAUCACCUACAUGGGAAAUAGAAUUUUGUAUUACUUAUAUGUAUCGAACUGCUGGGAAAGAUGAAGACACUUCAGGACAAGCAUGGUACCACUGUUUAGUAGAAAUGCCUUUUCUGCUCCAGUGACUCAAGUCAUCUUCAUCAUGGGAGCCACGACGCCUGAGGGUCAGCUUCCUAUGUUACCCUAAAUGUAUCACACAAAACAAGUACAUUGUGAAGUUUCCAUACCAUUUUUUUCCUUCUCUUUUUUGCUUUCUCAGAGAUACUUGCAGUCAUUUCUACAGUGGUUGCAGUGUUAUGAUUUUUCUUCUCUAGGUAAAACUGGUUAGUGCUUUUUUUUUUUAAUUUUUUUCUGAACCUAGCCAUGUGCUGAAUGUAAAUUUUGCUUCAAAGGAAUCGUCAUUCUUACAAUAAGAGAGCUUCUUGUUAUGAUAUUCA